AUGGGUGGUGCCAGCAAGGGUCCCAGUGCGCUGCUAACUGCUACGCUCUGCCGUGCCGCCGCUCGAGAGAGGCCGUGUACUGUACGUAAUUGCACCAUGCGUGCUUCAUGUCGUUUCGAUCCUACUAUAGUUAUCUUUUUUCAACUAUUAUUAUUAUUAUUAUUAUUAUUAUUAUUAUUAUUAUUAUUAUUAUUAUUAUUAUUAUUAUUAUUAUUAUUAUUAUUAUUAUUAUUAUUAUUAUUAUUAUUAUUAUUAUUAUUAUUAUUAUUAUUAUUAUUAUUAUUAUUAUUAUUAUUAUUAUUAUUAUUAUUAUUAUUAUUAUUAUUAUUAUUAUUAUUAUUAUUAUUAUUAUUAUUAUUAUUAUUAUUAUUAUUAUUGUUAUUAUUAUUAUUGUUAUUAUUAUUAUUAUUAUUAUUAUUAUUAUUAUUAUUAUUAUUAUUGUUAUUAUUAUUAUUAUUAUUAUUGUUAUUAUUAUUAUUAUUAUUAUUAUUAUUAUUAUUAUUAUUAUUAUUAUUAUUAUUAUUAUUCUGA